AUGUCCAGGGAGCAUAGGACAGAGAGGAGCGACAGAGACAGGGAGGCUGAGUGGGAAAUGACACCAUUGCGGAACUCAAGGCACUCGGAUCGUGGGUCAUCAAGGCCAGCUUGGAAGAGCUCAUCGGCCUCAGGAUGGGGUUCUGUGCACACACCAGGCCCCAGCCCAGCCAGACCUGGCACUGGCAAAGGUGCUUCCAUUACCUCUUCCAUUGGGCACAGCCGCGUUAGAUUUGACAGGAGUGGUGCGAGUGUGGUACAGCCUUCAGUGAGGUCUUCGGCUUCAAAGACAAAAUCUGGACAAACGCCACAGCUCAACCACUCGACUAUGCAAAUUGAAACUGAUGAUGGAACACCAGUGGAUGAUGAGCUCAUGGAGAAACUCCAGCGAGAAUUUGAGUCUGAACAGAUCCAGUUUGACAGGGACUGGUAUGACCAGGAGGAAUUUGGUGGUGGCGUGGACGAUCAGCACAACCCAUUUAUCGGGGACCAGAAGUUUUAUGAGAAACGCGAGUCUGAAAUGCAGCAGCGCUUCAUGAGGCGUGAUGGCACCCAGAUGUCCCUUGCGCAAAGCAAACGUGCUGGUGAACUCGAAAAGGACAUCAACAAAUGGGAAGAAAACCGCCUUGUCACGAGCGGUGUUGCCAGGUACAAGGAGGUGAACCUGGACUUUGACAACGAUGAUGACGAGCGCGUAAUUCUACUGGUCCACGACACCAAGCCACCCUUCCUGACCGGCAAGAUGGUGUACAGCAAGCAGACAGGGCCUGUCCUUCCCCUCAAGGACUCGACCUCUGACAUGGCUGUGAUCGCCCGCACGGGCUCCCAGCUCGUGAAGGAGACACGAGAGAAGAAGGAAAAGAACAAGUUCCGGCAGAGGUUCUGGGAGGUCGCCGGAUCCAAGAUGGGUGCCAUCACUGGCCUGACAGACAAGGAGAAGGAGGAGGCAGAGAAGGCGAAGGAGGAACAGCAAGAAGCCAUGGGGGUGGAAGAUGAUGUGGACGAAGAUGGCAAUGUGAAGGCAACGAAUCGCUUCAAGGACCACCUGAAGGCGUCGGAAGCUGCGAGUGAGUUCAGCAAGUCCAAGACCAUUGCACAACAGAGGCGGAGCCUUCCAGUCUUCCAGGUCAGGGACGAGCUCAUGCAGGUCGUUCGUGAGAACCAGGUUGUUAUCGUUGUUGGCGAAACGGGCUCAGGCAAGACCACACAGAUGACCCAGUACCUGCACGAGGAGGGGUAUUCAAACUGGGGCAACAUCGGAUGCACCCAGCCCAGACGUGUGGCAGCAAUGAGCGUGGCCAAGCGAGUCAGUGAGGAGAUGGGUGUGGAGCUGGGAGAGGAGGUGGGCUAUGCAAUUCGCUUUGAGGACUGCACAAGUUCCAAGACGAUCAUAAAAUACAUGACAGAUGGCGUGCUGUUGAGGGAGACACUCAGUGCAGAGGACUUGGAUUCCUACUCAGCGAUCAUUAUGGAUGAGGCACAUGAGAGGUCCCUGAACACGGACGUUUUGUUUGGUAUUUUGAAGAAGGUAGUCGCCCGUCGGCGUGACUUCCGCCUGAUCGUCACAUCUGCAACUUUGGAUGCCCAGAAGUUUGCAGACUUCUUUGGAAGUGUGCCGUGCUACCACAUCCCAGGCCGCACCUUCCCUGUGGAGGUGAUGUGGAGCAAGACCCCACAGGAGGACUAUGUCCUGGCAGCAGUGAAGACAGUCAUGACGUGCCACCUGAAAUCUGAGGGUGGGGACAUACUGGUGUUCCUGACGGGCCAGGAGGAAAUCGAGACUGCGUGCUAUGCCCUGCAGGAAAGGAUGGACCAUUUGGAGCAGCAGGGGGUGGACAAGCCGCUGAUGAUCCUUCCGAUCUACUCACAGCUGCCAGCCGAUCUGCAGGCGAAAAUCUUCGAAAAAGCGCCAGAUGGGGUCCGGAAGUGCAUUAUCGCCACCAACAUUGCAGAGACAUCUUUGACUGUCGAUGGCAUUUUGUAUGUCAUUGACACAGGGUUUGCAAAGACCAAGGUGUACAACCCAAAGAUGGGAAUGGACGCUCUCCAGGUGUUCCCCGUGAGUCAAGCGGCCGCCAACCAGCGCAGGGGUCGUGCAGGCAGGACGGCACCGGGUGAAUGCUACAGGCUGUACACUGAGUCCGCUUUCAGGACGGAGUUGCUGGAGACCUCUGUGCCAGAGAUCCAGAGGACCAACUUGGCGAACGUCAUCCUGCUGCUGAAGUCGCUGAAGGUGGACAACCUGCUGGAGUUCGAGUUUAUGGACCCCCCUCCACAAGAGAACAUCUUGAACUCCAUGUACCAGCUGUGGAUACUAGGCGCGCUGGACAAUACAGGCGAGCUGACGACGCUGGGCAGGCAUAUGGUCGAGUUCCCCCUGGACCCACCCCUGGCCAAGCUGCUGCUUUUCGGAUCCGACCUCGGGUGCGGCGAGGAGGUCCUGACGAUCGUCAGCAUGCUCAGUGUGCCCAGUGUCUUCUUCCGACCAGCAGACAGGGCAGAGGAGAGCGACGCCGCCCGGGAGAAGUUCUUUGUGCCUGAGAGUGACCACCUGACACUCCUGCAUGUGUUCCAGCAGUGGAAGGCAAACAAGUUCCGUGCAGACUGGUGCAGUCGGCAUUUCCUCCAUGCCAAGGGCCUGAAGAAGGCCAAAGAGGUGCGCACCCAGCUGUGCGACAUCAUGGAGUCCCAGAGGAUCAAGACAACCUCGUGUGGAGGUAAUUGGGAUGUUGUCCGAAAAGCCAUUUGCGCCGCAUACUUCCACAAUGCAGCGCGCUUCAAAGGCAUUGGAGAGUACGUCAAUUGCAGGAGCGGGCUCCCGUGCUACAUGCAUGCCAGCAGCUCGCUGUACGGGCUGGGCUACACCCCAGACUAUGUUGUGUACCACGAGCUCGUGUACACGACCAAGGAAUACAUGCAGUGCGUGACUGCCGUGGACCCUGAAUGGCUUGCGGAGCUCGGGCCAAUGUUCUUCAGCAUCAAGGUGAGCCACACGUCGAGGCUCGAGCAGCGUCGCCUAGAGCGCGAACACAAGGAGUCCAUGGCACAGGAGAUGGAGGAGGCGCGGGCGAAGAAGGACGAGCGCGAGAAGCGGGCCCGGGAGCUGUCCGACUUGGCAAAGGGCGCUGAGGGUAACGCAAUCGUGACGCCCGGCAUGAAGACUCCGGCGACGCCAUACGGCACGCCAUUCCGGCAGAAACGCUUUGGGUUAUGA